AUGGACCAACAACAGUCUUCACAGUCCUUCAAUGGAGCUGAUCGCAUCAGAGCUCUUAAGGAUGAUAAUUCCAUAUUCACUGCUUUCGAUACAUACCCAUGGAAAAAGGACAACAACUUUAUGUCUGGCCUCCACGCCAUCCUCGGCGAACCUAAUCAACAAAGUCCUCAAACCUCACUCGAAGAUAUGACCACGCACGCUCGUAUAUUCUACUAUGCGCAACGUAUUGGUGUCAACAUUGACUUUGGGGCCUACAAGACCUGGCUAGCAAGCAAACCUGAUCAUCAGCCUCCAGAUGUUCUGCCAGAGGAAUACCGUCAACAGGACGGAACCACUACCGCCCCAACCCCUGUCUUGGACUGGCAAAAAGCUGCGCCAAAAACUGAUCUCUAUAUCGACAAGAAGGCUGCUGCAGCGCAGUCUGGCCCACAAGAUCAGCCGAAUUAUCCUAUGGGGUUCGCUGAGAUGAUUAAACUCAUUCAAGAGGGCAAGCCUGUGCCUGGAAUUCGACAGAUACCAAACACCAUUAUUAGGGAUCCUGCUGUGAAGCCUGUUGGGGCCAGAGCUGUUCCUAGGAAGCCUUGGGAGAAAGAUGUUAAUCUCGACACUCCCGCUCUUACAGAGCUCCCAAAGGCGCUUGAUACCGAGUUUCCGCCUCUCAAUGAUGAUCUCUCUACUUCUUCUACUGCUGAGGUUUCGUAA